AUGAUAUGUUAUAUGAAUACAUUCAUUUUUAUUAUUAUCAUUUUUUAUAUCAAUAAAGUAAAUGGAACUUAUCCAACUAUCGAUCAAGCAGGUUUUCAUCAUAAUGCAUUACUCUAUAUUGAUGGAAAUCAUUCACCUGAGAAAUUAAUGUUAUGGCUUACAGGUUCAUAUGAAACAAUUGAUUCUUAUAAUGUUAUUUUUGAUACAAUUACGAUUAUUGUUGAACGUACACCAUCAAAUUCUUUAACAGCAUAUUCAACAAAUCAACAAGAUUGGAUAUGGUUUCUUGAAAGUAAACUUUCAGGUCCAUAUGGUAUUCUAUCAAAUUUAACACAAGCUUUAAAUCAUUUACAAACAAGAAAUAAAUUCUUACAAAUUAUUGUUAUGUUACCUUAUAUAGAUUCAAAUGGACAACAAACAUUUUCAUCAACAUUAAAUUUAUCUAUACAAAAUCAUCGUUAUCAAGCUAUUCAAUGGUAUAUCAAUACAAUUCAAGAACAAAUGAAACAAUAUUCAAAAUUAUAUUUAUGGGGUAUUUAUCUCAUGCGUGAAGAUAUUAGUUUUGGUGUAGACGAACAAAUAAUAAGGGAAAUAAGUGAUAUUGUUCAUUCAAGUCAACUACGUUUACUUUGGAUUCCAUAUACAAAUGCAAAUAAUUGGAAUAAUUGGAAAACUCUAGGUAUUGAUGUAGCUAUUUUACAACCUGGCUAUGCUUUUGCAUCACCAUUAAUGCAAGGAACAUUUAAUGCUGGUCGACUACGUGCAACUGCUAAACUUGCUCAACAUUAUGGUUUAGGUGUUGAAAUUGAAGUCAAUCAAGGUGCAUCAACAGAAUAUGAAAUAGGACUUUUACAAAAUUAUUUAGCACAAGGUUUUAUUGAUGGGUAUCAAUAUGUACCAACAGCUUAUUUUCUUGGAAAUUAUGAUAGCAUUGCUCGAUCGAAAAAAGCAUGUAUGCUUCUUCGAACUUAUACAUUUGGUCUUCGAAUUGAACCAACAUUUAUGUCAAAUAUGCAAUGGACUUGGACAACGAAUGAAAAACUUCAAGCAACAAUUAAUAUUUCAUCAAAUAAUAUACCACAAGGUAUUCGAAUUAAUUGGUCCCCAAAAAAUAGUAAUUGGUCUGGUAGAAUUAUUGUAGAAGGAUAUAUUAAGAUAGAUAAUUCUUAUACAUGGAAAAUAUUGAGUAGUACUGAAGUUGGUGAGAAAAAUUGGCGUGAUGAAGAAUGGACUAGUACAUUAUUACCAUUUUCAUUGUUACCAUCACAAAUAAUUCUAUCAAUAAAAGCAUCAUUUAUAAGUUCACAAUUUUUACCUUCACUCACCAAUGAAGAUCUUAUUAUUGAACAAAAUCCAAAUGGUAUUGCACUUCAAACAAGUACAGGUGCACCAUAUAGUAUAAUACCUUCAAUGUAUACUUAUAAUCCUCAAUAUGGUGAUUCAACAAAUCAAACAUUAUCGAAUUUUAGUCGUGGUUUACUAACAGAUAAACAAUGGUCAACAGGUGAAUGGCAAUCAACUAUGUCUAUUGGUUGGUCAAAUAAUCUAAAUUCUAAUUCAUAUGUACGUAUUGCACUUGACUUUAAUAGAAUUAUCUAUGCAGAUGAAAUUAUAAUUCGUCUACAUGGUGGUACAUAUGCAUCUGUGAAUUGGCCUAAUAUAGCACGUAUACUUAUUAGUUCUGAUUGUAUACCAUUCUCACCAUAUAGUUCAUCGGAUUGCUCUGUAAAAAGUUAUCCAUGUACUAGUCGUAUUAUAACCGGUGGUACGAAUACAAAUCAAGGUGGUAUUUUGUCAUUUAAAUUUUCAAAUUCUCUUCGUUGGGCAACAUUAGAAUUUCAACCGAAUUCUUGGCUUAUGAUUGAUGAAAUACAAGCAUUUGUUAAUGGACAUGAUAUAUCAAAUUUAAUUCAUUAUUAUCUUCUUACAUCACCAACGUCAACAUCAUUAUCAUCAUCAUCAUCUAUUUCUUAUCCUGAUGAUGGUGUUCGUCUUACCGAUGGACUUAUAGCUGGUAUAAUGGGACCAAUUACCGGAUGGUUAAAAAGUGAACCGCAUACGAUUAUUGUUGAUUUAUUAAUGGUUAGAAAUAUUCGUGAAACAUCUGUUUGGGCAUUAAUUAAAUCCGAUUGGGCUAUAAGUCUACCGACAACAAUAGUAGUUCAUACAAGUCUAGAUGGUAAAGUUUGGUGUGAAUUUGGUAAUCAAGGACAAAUGCAAAUAGGUGAACGUAUAUUAGAUGCUCAACGUUUAUUUAUCAGACUUAAUCAUACAAAUCAUGCUCGAUAUAUUAAAUUUGAUUUUCCUAUAGAUCAAAUUUUUCCAGGAUGGUGGACUAUGAUAUCUGAAGUAUCUGCAACAGAUUGA